CAGCAGCAACAUAAAGUUUCCUUUGUUUUCAAUUAGCAAAGUCUUCAAAUUCAAUUCAAUUUUGCGCAUAUGCCUCACCAGCAGCAUCCCAAUCAAGUGAAAUUGAAUUUAGUUGGUCCGUUACUGUGCGGUGCUUUAGAUUGGCCGUGAUAGCGUGGUGGAAAAAUGGAUUUCGAUAAAGUACUUAUGGAGGUUGGAUCCUUUGGUUUAUAUCAGAAAAUAAUUAUAUGUGCUGUCCUCCUGCCAGCAGCACUACCCUGCGCCUUCCAUGCCUAUAGUCAAUUGUUUAUUGCAGCUACUCCCAAACAUUGGUGUCGCACCCCAGAACUGGAGCCAUGGGUGCAGGACUAUACGGAAUUGGUUAUGAACCUGAGCAUACCCAUUAAAGAGCAGAACUAUGUGCAAUGCGAUAUGUACGUUAGAAACUAUUCGGAUAUAGUACGCUAUUUGGAAUAUCGUACACCUUUGGAAUUGCAGCGCGAUAAGGUGUGGCAUAUUGGUAGUCCCAAGGGCUCUCGUUUGAUACCGUGCCAGCAUGGCUGGCAUUAUGAUCGUUCUCAGUAUCCAACAACUGUUGUAACGGAGUGGAAUUUGGUUUGUGACAAAAGCUAUUUGGUCACUUUAGCAUUGGUGGUUUUUGGCAUUGGAGGCCUGCUGGGCAAUUAUGUAUUUGGUUACUUACAAGACAUGUGGGGCAGACGGCCCAGCUUUUAUGCGUAUCUUCUGUUGGAAAUAGUGGCAUGCGCCGCAAGUGCUUUUGCAUGGAAUUUUGAAAUGUGGCUUGGAUUACGCUUCGUUGUGGGACUCACUGUUCCUGCCAUUCUAGCGAGUCCUUAUGUUCUAGCAAUUGAAAUGGUGGGACCUGAAAAAAGGGUUUUUUGCACCAUUGUAUCCAAUAUAGCCUACUCCUGUGGUCUGGUCUUGCUGGCCGGCGUUGUUUAUAUUGUUCGCGAUUGGAGAUAUUUGUCAUUGGCUGUUUCCCUUCCCCUGUUGCUGCUGUUUUCGUGCUUCUUUGUUUUGCCCGAAUCUCCCAGGUGGUUAAUGGCUGUAAAUCAACCCCGCAAAGCAGCAAAAAUUUUGAAAGUUAUGGCCCGGGUUAAUGGUAUUCGGGUUGUUCCCAACUUCAUUAGUCUGGUGGAGCAACGCUUUCUUAGUGCUCAAGGGCCAAAUCAAUCGGCGGUAUCCCAUGGCAUCCUGGAUUUAUUUCGAACAAAAAAUAUGCUGCGCAAAACAAUGAUCAUAACCCUGAUAUGGUUUGCAAACACCAGCGUCUAUGUCGGUCUAAGCUAUUAUGCCCCUGCCUUAGGAGGCGAUGAGAUAUGGAAUUUCUUCUUAGCUGGUGUGGUGGAACUUCCCACCUAUAUAAUUCUGUGGCCAGGCCUAAGUUACUGCGGUCGACGUUCGAUUUUAUGCAUUUCCAUGUUGACGGGCGGCAUUGCUUGUGUCACCACUUCGGUAUACAGUGAGGACCCAAAUGUCAUGCUGAUAUUGUAUUGUAUUGGAAAAAUGGGAAUAUCAUCAGCGUUUGUUGUGCUCCCAUUACUGGCGUCUGAAAUAUAUCCCACCGUUGUUCGAGGUUUGGGUAUGAGCUUUAGCUCGGUAAUUGCCAUGAUCGGACCUAUCGUCAUACCCAUUAUAAAUCAUAUGGGCCAACAAAUGCUGGUGCUGCCGUUGAUAAUUAUGGGUAGCCUUUUGAUUGGCGGUGGUGUGCUUAGUCUGUUUUUGCCUGAAACUCGAGGCAAGAACUUACCACAAACUAUUGAGGAUAGUGAGAGGAUACCCUUAAGUUUCUUGUCCAACUGUUGCAGUGACAGUCAGCCAAAAAGCAAUGUCAGCAGAUGUACAAACAGUAGAAAUAAUUGCAACAGCUCUCAUCCACAUUUGCUGUGUAGCAUUUGUAAAUCGGAAAUAAUAACUCGUAGGAAUUAGCAAAAACAUUAAAUAAAAAAUUCAAAUAGAAAAAAACUA